CUUUACUUUACCUUAGAAAGUAACUUUGCAAGAACAUUUCUGUUUCUCCUUCACAGGUGGUUUGUUUUGGAUGCUGAAACAAGAGAUUUGGUUUCAAUCCAUACGGAUGGCAAUGAACAGCUCUCUGUGAUGCGCUACACAGUAGAUGGUACCUUUCUUGCAGUGGGGUCCCAUGACAACUUCAUUUACCUCUACAUAGUAACAGAAAAUGGAAGAAAGUACAGCAGAUAUGGAAAGUGCACUGGACAUUCCAGCUAUAUUACACACCUUGAUUGGUCCCCAGAAAACAAAUACAUAAUGUCCAACUCAGGAGACUAUGAAAUAUUAUACUGGGACAUUCCAAAUGGCUGUAAACUGAUAAGGAAUCGCUCUGAUUGUAAGGACAUAGAUUGGACAACAUAUACUUGUGUGCUGGGAUUUCAGGUAUUUGGAGUCUGGCCAGAAGGAUCAGAUGGAACAGAUAUAAAUGCCCUUGUGAGGUCCCAUAAUAGGAAGGUGAUAGCUGUGGCUGAUGACUUUUGUAAAGUCCAUCUAUUUCAGUAUCCCUGCUCCAAAGCAAAGGCUCCAAGUCAUAAAUAUAGUGCCCAUAGUAGCCAUGUAACAAAUGUCAGCUUCACUCAUAAUGAUAGUCAUUUGAUUUCAACCGGAGGCAAAGAUAUGAGUAUCAUUCAGUGGAGACUUGUUGAGAAAGCAGCUUUGCCGCAGAAUGAUACUGCGGUAGAAAUAGGCACAAACAAAGUGUCUGUAACUGCCAGUGACACCUUUACACAGCCAACCAUCCCUGUGUCCCUUAAUCAACCAUUUGAUGAAAUGGCAGCCAGUGAAAAUUUAAUGGAUGGCUUUUCACCAUCUUUGGAGAGUCACUUGGAGCAUGCUGUAAAGACCAGUGAAGAGCAGAAUGAGGAGCAAAGUGAGGGAAGUAGUCUGGAUCCAGGAGAGCCAAAUUGUGAAGAACCAGCCAACGAAAUGAGUGAGGAGCAGAGUGAAUCCACUCUUAUUGAAGAUCAGCAGGAAAACUGUCCAGUGUCUUACCAGCUUGAAACUCAAGAUGAUCUUUAGAUAUUUUCUCUCAGUGCACAUUGCUUUGUAAAGAAGAGGGUUCAAGUAAGGAAGGGAGACAGCUCUGACAUGGAGCACUCAAGUUUCUGUGGAAGGCUUGUUAGUUUGAUCUACUUCUGUUUUCAAUGCAUGGAAUUAUUGUAAAGACUCAUUUUGACAGUUCCAGUCAAGCGCUAGUUAGGAAACUCGAAUGUUACCAUAGGUUAAAUAUAAUUCGGAUAUUGCUGUCAGAAAGAUGCAUGAUGCAAAUAACUAGGGAAGAGGGAAGGAGGAAUAAGUUUUCUGAGAGCAGCAGGUAGAGAAAUCUUCUGGAAAAGAACUUUUAAGACUAAACAGAAGCAUUAGGUAAUGCCUGCUAUGUAAUGUAACUCUGGUGAAAGCUCUUCAGGAAGCUCUCCUUUCUUUUUUUACAUUAAAAAGAGAAGGAGGGGAGAAUAAGACAACAUCAUAAUGGCACAUACAGUGCUGUGCUUAUUGCCUUCUUGAUUAAUACCUAUGCAAUUUUCUAAAACUAUCAAUUCUUACUAGCCGCUACUUUGGAUACUGAUUGUCCUAAGACAGCUCAUAUUAAAGUAUACUUCUUAUUGUUCCAUGAUAGUAGAUCUUAAAAGAACAAAAUUAAGAUAGCAAGUUCUACUUAGUUUUCCAUCUGAUGACUGUUAUAUGAUGUAAUUUCAAGGAACUACUUGCCUUGACAUAUUGAAAUUCAAGAACACCAACUGUGACUUUGAUGCAAACUGACUUAACUGCAUGAAGAUAAAAGUUCUAAUUCUCAAGUUCAAACCUGACUUUCAGAUACAAUUAAUUCGUUCAAUAAGAGUUUAAAUAUUAGAGAAAUAGCAUUAAGUUAUGAAAUCUGAUGCUUGGGAGUAAUGUAAUGAUUGACUCAGUUAUUUAAAAAAAUUAGGGAUGACCUUAAAAAUAAGAAAUUUUCAAGUAGACUUUUUUACAGCCAUCUUUUUAAUAGCUGUAAUAUAAACGUCCCAUUUCCUUAGAUAAUUUUGGCUAUUUUGGGUUUUUUUUCCCUCUCUCUCUUUGUGUGUGUUUUUCUUUUUCUUUUUCUUUUUUUUUCCUCUUGUCCAAUUUUGUAAGCCGUGCAGCUCAGAGAUAGCUGGACUUGGCCAGUUAUGGGAUAUCAUGGCAUUUUAUUAUGUGUUAAAAAAUAUCUUUUUUAAAAAAUUCAAAAAACACAUCAGCUACAUUUUUUCUUAAAUACCUAGAUUUUCCUGUUUAAACGUUUGUUGAAAAACAUCCUACUUUAUAUUUUAAUUACAUAGGAUUUUUUAAAAUUUUGCUGAUAUUUUAGAUCUUGGUUAGAAAUUGUGUUUAGAAACCUUGGAUGAGUUUGUUAAGUCUUAAGUGUGCAAGGGUUUACGUGAAUGUGCCAUUCCAAAGUGCAUCAGAACUGUCAUUCCCUUCUAUUAUAUUCUCAGGAGUAAAUGCUACAGAUCAGGUAUGUAAUCUAUUCAUCAGUGGAAACAUUAACAAUUGAUGUAGACUCCCAAAGGUCAUAAAUACUGUCACAUACAGAUACAUACAGGCGCGCAUACUCUUUGUUUACAUCCAUUCCGGAAAACCUCAAAAUAAUUAUCUUCAGAUACAGAUGUGAAUUCCAAGCAACUGAUCUGUUUUGCUUUAUCUAAAAAGCUGUACUGUUGAAUAAUACAUUGAAGUGCUCCAGUGCAUGAUUGGCCACUUUGCUAAAUAGUGCCUCUGGGCAACACAAAUACCAAUACUGUGUCAAGAGAACAGAUUCCUUUGGAAAGGAAGUAUCUACCAGGGAGGAGGGCCAUUUUCAGUGAUUUACAACUUCCAGGUCUGCUUCAGUGGGUCUUAUAACCAUCAAUAACAAUGGGGGGAAAGAUGGAAGAAGGGGAUUCAUUGAAAAUUCUCUCCCAUUUAUUGUUCCAUUCUAUUCCACAGAGAGAGAUUAACUGAAUAACACAGCUUUUAAAAACACAGUAAGGUAAAAUAGUCCUCCUAGUAAUUUUAAUUAACAUUUAAUGGAUUGUAGAGCUCUUUAACAUCCUCAGUGAAUACCAUGAAAACAGUGCGUUUUGUUUGGAAAUAACUAUUACCUUGAGGUUGCCAUGUAAAGUGAGAAUUAAUAGUUGUGAUUUUCCUCAUGUUGUAGAUUAAAGGAUCUUUUUCUAAUACGCCAAAAAAGGGAAAGAAAAAAAAAAGCCUUACAACUUUUGAUUGCUGGCAACUACUGUUCAAUAGAUAAUUAAAUCUGUGAUAAUAGAAAUGGGUGGGAUUAUGUUAACUAUAAAUGUUUUAGGGUAAAAUUGUGAAUGAAACAUGAUUUGAGUGUGUCAUGUGAAGAUGUUUGAGCCAUUCUGUCUAUCAUGCAUUCCUGUCUCAUGGCAGAAAAAUCUGAAGAUUUAAAAAUAAUAAUAAAAAUAAAAGAAUCAA